UAGUGUUAUGCUUUUUCAGUGUUGUUGGAGCUGCACUGAUCUACCCAAAUAGGGAGUAUUCCAUCACACUCGUGCGCGGUGCCUUGUGGAUGGUGGGCAGGCUUUGGGGAGUCAGAAGGUGAAUUACUUGCUGCAGUAUUCCCAGCUUCUGACCUGUUUUUGUAGCCAUUGUAUUUAUGUGGCUGGCCCAGUUGAGUUUCUGGUCAAUGGUAAGCCCCAGGGUGUUGAUAGUGGGUAUUCAGCGAUGGUAGCACUAUAGACCACUAAAAAGACAAUGGUUAGAUUCUCUUGUGUUAGCGAAGGCUAUUGCCUGACAUUUGUAUGAACAUAAGUCUAUAUUAAAUUGUGAAUGUGAGACAGGGGUAGGCCAUCAAACCUGCUGUACCAUUUAAUAAGGUCACAGCUGGUCUGGGCCAUAGCCUAAACUCCAACAGCUUGAUGUUAAGGGGCUGUCCGUCACUCUCAUUCCACCUCUGCAGUUCAGCUCUUUUGUCUGUGUUUGAACCAAGGCCGUAAUGAGUGGCCCUGGUGGAACCCAGAGACUGAGUGUCGGUGAAUGGGUUCGGCAGCAUUGUCGAUGACCCUUUCCAUCAGUGAUGCUGAGGGCCACCAUGGAUCAUCCACUCAGUGAUUCGGGCUGACGAUUGAUGCAAAUGCACCCACUUCUCUUUCACUGAUGUGCUGGGCUCCCCCAUCGUUAACUAUGCAGAUAGUCAUGAAGACUUCUGGUCAUUGUUUCAAACUCUUCCACAAACAGCGACUCGGUCACUUGUUAUUUCUAAAGCUGAGCCUGGCGGGUUUUUGUCAGUCUGGUGUGUGGAAUGAGGUCACAGAUUAGCCAUAAGCUCUCUGAACAGGAUAGGUCUCUACCUGUUCCUGUGUUUCUGUCUCAGAAAAUUAACAAAAGGAGGAGAAGUGUUUGUCGCCAGCGAGUUGUUCUGGUAUGUGGCACACUGUCUGAAAGGACAGUGUAAAACCUUUCCAAUGGUAAUGUUUAUAAGGGAAUUAGAUAAGGAACAUGAUUUUCAGGGCCAUGUUGAAGAGCAUGGAGUGGGACUGACUCUGCCAAAAUCCCAGCACAGCUUUGACUAGCUGUGCCUUUUUACAGUCCUAUGAAAUUGUCAUUUGACUUGAUCAAAGAGGCUUUGGAUUAUGAUGUACUUUGCAAGUGGUCUCCACAAUUCCUGGAGAUAGUGCUGCUGAGACAGUCACCCACCCUGUGCCCUCUUUUAACUCUACAGAGCAUCCUCUUUUGAUGCAACUUCAGGAGAAAGACAGACGCAAAGUGUUGGCCAAGAUUUCUACCAAUAUCCCACUACAGGUGACGGCGAACCUGGUCAGUGAUGAAGGUUAUUGGAAGCGGUGUUGCCUUGAAUGCUGGGAGGUCUGUGACAUCUCCAGCUAUGGGGACAGCUGGAAGAGAAUGUUCUUUGAACGCCUGCUGAAAAACAUCAUUGAGUUCUUUGUCCCUGACACCACCGAUGUAAAGGUGGUCCUGGACCUGGUGCCACUCUGCAGAAACUAUGUGAAGACAUUGGACAUUGCCCAGCUACUCCCUCCUGUCAAGCAAUCCCCUGAGGCAAUGGAGGAUGACUCUUCAGAUGCUGGCAGUGAUAGCGAUGUGAUUGGACCUUCAAUAGAUCACUUCGACUUCAGCAUCUUGCUUAACAAACUCAUCAAUCUUGAAGAGCUGCAUGUGACCUAUGGGGUGAAGGACUGCGGGAUGAAUUUUGAAUGGAACAUCUUUCAAUUCACGUACCGAGACUGCUUCUCGCUGGCAAAAGCUAUCAGUUCUUGCAAAACCCUGAAGGUGCUCAAACUCCCUCGAAACAGGAUUGAUGAUGAGAAACUGCGAGUGUUGGUGAAAUACAUGCUGAACCAUCCUUCACUGAUAGAACUGGACUUGUCACACAACUUGAUCGAGGACAACGGGGCAAAGGUCCUGGCCAAGCUUCUGCACAAGACAAAACUGGAGAAGGUCAAUCUGUGUAACAACCACAUCUCAGCUUAUGGAGCUAAAGCCAUCUCCUACAAAGUCAGGCGUUUCUCAUCCCUCAAAUCCAUCAACUUCCGACUCAAUCAAAUCGGGGAUGAAGGGGGAGAGGCCUUGGGCAGAGCGCUUGUGAAAUCUUCAGUGGAAGACAUCAACUUGUCAUGCAAUGAGCUGACGGAGCCUGUGGCUGUGGUCUUCUCUGAGCUCCUGACAAAAAACCACACCCUAAAAACCAUUGACCUGUCAUGUAAUAAUUUUGGCCUGGAAGGAGGGAGGCAGCUACAAGAGGGAAUGUCAAUGAAUAAGACUGUAAUGGAGCUUGACCUGCGGCUGACAGAUAUUGGCCAGGAGAACGAAUACGCCAUCAACCAAAUCCUACACAGUAACCGUGAGAGGGUAAAGAAUGCCGUGUGCCACCCGUUUAAGGCCAUCAAAGCCAGUGAGGUUGUAUCAGACCACUACCUCGCAGAGGACUGAAUCCACAACACCCUUCCUGGGCAGAAAUCACCCACCCAUUCCACUGUGCUCUGCUGUGAGUCAGUACCAGAAGUUCACAUUGUUGGAGGGUUUUGUAUUAAAUACGACAAAACUAUUUUUAUAGUGUUCCAAAAUAAAUCUGUAGUUUGA